AUGUCCGCUUUAGACCAAUCCUUAGACGAAAUCCUGUCCUCAAAACCAAAGAGACAAUUCAACAAGAAGAAAGCUCCAGUCGCUAAGGCUAGAGUCGGUAAACAAGUUGGUAAACAAGCUGGUAAACCUGUCAAGAAGACCCCAACCGGUCCUGCUCCAAAAAGAGAUUCUUCAGUUUUAGACGCUUCUUACGCUAAUAAAGUCGUUGUCUACCACUUACCAAGAGAUAUCAAACAAGACGCUAUCAAGGAUUUUUUUGCAUCUCAAGUUGGUGGUGUUGCAAGUGUUGGUUUAUCAUAUAAUGAAAAAGGUCAAUCAAAAGGUAUUGCUACAAUUAUUUUCAAAUCAGCAGCUAAUGCAUCAAAAGCUGUUGAAAAAUACAAUGGUGCUCCAAUUGAUGGUGGAUCACAAAAAUUAAAAUUAGAAUUAAUUAUUGAUCCAACUAAAAGACCAUUAAGUUCAAGAAUUGCUGCUAAUGUUCCAACAACUCAACCAAAAGGUCCAAAAGGUUUAAAAGCUGGUUCUAAGAAAGGUGGUGAAAAAACUAUUUCAACUUCAAAUAAACCAAAUCAAAAUGGUGCUAAAAAACAAGCUAAUAAACCAAAGAAUAAAAAACCAGCCAAAAAGACACUUGAAGAAUUAGAUCAAGAAAUGUCUGAUUAUUUUGAAAAGAAAGAUUAG